AUGCCAGGCCAACGGCAUUACAGGCGACGAAGCUGGGGCCAUGAGGUUUGGCAGCUCGCAGUGCUGGUGCUCUCCGAAACUCCCAAGCCCCCUUCAAAGCUCGUGCAUGCCCUGGCUGCCUUGCAUGAGCUGGCUAGAAGACAGCUCCUGUUCGCCAUGAGUUUGCUGGAGAUCCUGACGUGGCCAACCAGGUGCCUAUGGGAUGUUUGCAACUCUCAGCUGCUUGGAAGGGGAGCGCUGGUUCACCGGAGCGCCGCUGUACAAGCUCUGUACCAUAAAGUUGCUGGCUGCCGCCAAGCCCCUGGGACCCCUCCUCUCUCCGUCCAUCAAAGGGGCGCCCUCAUCACCUCCGGAGUCCUCGACGUCCUCCUGGGUAUCGCAGGGGGGGGUUUCCUCCUGAGGCACCGGGGGCGGCUGCAAGCCUUGGCCGCAGAGGCGAGCGAGCGCCUGGUGGACGGUGUGCUGACGGGGGGCACGGAAUGGCUCAUGUCAGUGGCGCCGGCGGGGCUGAAGCUGAAUGAGGAGCUGGACGUGUUCAUGGGGCGUGCGGUGCUGAGGAUACUGCAGAUCUUCUCAGACUUCGGGGGCCAGCACCAAGCUCUCCUCCUCAGCAGCGCUCUCUGGUCCCUCGUCAUUUCCUCCCCACUGGGCCUCUCCACACUUCUCGCACUCGCCUCCGACGUGCUAGCCCUCGCCACCUGCCACGUGUCACUCCUCUACUGGCUCUCCGCCCUCAUCUACUCCGCCCAGCUUCGCGCCCUGGCCGCGCUCUGGCGCCUCUUCCGGGGCCGGAAGCGGAACCCGCUGCGCCACCGUGUCGACUCCUUCGAACGCCACGUGGAGCAGAUUGUCGUGGGGUCGCUCCUAUUCACACCGCUGCUCUUACUGCUGCCCACGACUUGGGCGUACUACUCGCUGUUUGCGAUGACGUACGGCGGGAUUGCGGCAGCCCGCGCGGCGCUGCAGAUCGGCAGCGCGGUGAUCCGAUCGUUUCCGCUCUACCGGUUGGCGGUGUGGGCGGCGGUGCCGGGGGCGUGUCCGAGUGACGUCAGCUUUCAGGUGACGUCAGCGGGGCAGAAGGUGGUGGACGAAACCAUGUUGGCCAGCGGUAAAGUCAUCAACGGUCCCGGAAGAGUCUCGAGGUGGGGAAAGGAGAUGGUAACCAGCAUGGGGGCAAGCGUUGAGAGCCUGAGAGUGACGUCAGCGAGUCGGAACACGGGGACCAGGACCGAGACUGGCGACGACAUGUUUCCACGUGGUCAGAACGAAGUGACUGCCGAGGAAGGAAGUGUAGUAGGCACACGGAAAAGCGGAGUGAUGGGCACACGGCCAAGAGCGCGAGAACGAAACGCGAGCGGCGAAGAAUGGAGGGAUCGGAAAGUGGAGGACGGUGUUAAGGGGACGAAAAGUGACGAGAAACGUGGCGAGAAGCUGGACGGCGAAGAUAGCGCGUGUUCUCUGGGUUUCGUAGGGCAGCAGGCGGAGGCGAAGCUGGCUGGAGUGCCAUCGGGGGAGGAACUAGCGGCGCGGCACCUGCGGUUGGAGCUAGUUACAGCGGACGCAGCGGACGUGCUUCGGCCUUUCCUGAGGCACGUGACCAGCCCCUUCAGCCUCAUGGGAGCCGCGGGGGUCGUUGUGGCGCUUUGCGUGGGGAACUGGGUGGACCCGGUGCUCACUCUCGAUGCUAUGGAGUUUUGAGCGUGGGCCGAAAGCUGUCGCCACACCGUUAGAUGCUCGCCACGUGGCAGCUUUGCAGGUGCUCAGGCUGCACGCGAGAAGCGACCGCCCCCAGGCAUGCUUGUUGACUGGAUACGGACCGGGGGCUGAAGUGGAGAACUGUGAUGACGUGGGCUCUACAAGCUGGGGCAUUUGUUGAUGAUUGAGGUGGACUCGACCUCCGGAACCCGCCUCAUUGCCGGACUUCGAAGAAGCAGUAGAGGUACGGAGUAGCCACUAGGAGACUCUUCACAGCUCUGCGUGAAGUCGGGUUCUUUGGAAAACGGCUUCCACGUUCCGCAAUAUCUCGUGUAGAUUCAUGCCUUUGCAUACGCCCACAUGGCAAGGGUGACUUGCCCACUCCGGAAACGCCUUGAUAAAAUGGGAAUCUGACUGCUGC